AUGGUUUCUCAAACUCAACAAUUGGCUAUGUCGCCAUAUCCUAGCCAUGAUCUCUCUGAGUUUCCCGAAGCCCUCAAAGGGAAGCGCAUACUGCUUUGCACAGAGUCCUUUGGCCCUGUCAAUGGAGUUAGUCGCACGACUUUGAUGCUUGUUAACCAUUUGCGAGCGAACGGAGCUUCCGUAGCAGUGGUCGCGCCACACAACCAUACCGAACACAACACCUUCACUCCACCUCCGUCGCCCACCUUGUCUCCUGCAGAUAAGCAACCUGAAGUCAGAGUGUCUGGAUAUCCGCUUCCUUUCAACCCAGAAUUGUCUAUUGUAUACCCUGUGCGCAACUCAACACUGUUCUCGAACACCUUUGGCGACGUCUCUCCUCCCGAUUUGAUCUAUCUGGCAUCACCUGCAAGUCUUGGUUUCCAAGUGAUGCUUCAGCUACGACAGCAGCCUAGAGAAAAACAGAUCCCGGUAAUCUGCAACUUUCAGACCGAUCUGGCUGGCUAUUGCUCGAUCCUCUUCCCUGCCCCUCUCAGCCAUGUCGCCGUGUUCGCGUUUGCAGCUGUGCAGAGCUACUUGUUCAGUCACUCCUCGAUCAAAACCAUCUUCUACCCUUCCAGCUUCGUGAAACGAUACCUUGUGGAUCAAAAUGUCCCAGAAAACAAGCUUGAACUUCUGACACGAGGUGUCAACACCGAACUUUUCAACCCAAGGAUGAGGAGUGAGACAUUGCGAAAGCAACUGGCCCCGAACGGCGAGAUUAUUUUCGUAACGGUUUCCCGCAUUGCUGGCGAGAAGGGUUUCGAUUUUCUUGCCAAGGCUACAAAGGAGCUUGAUGCUCGGGGGCUUGGCUUCAAGCUGUAUGUCGUGGGUGGCAAUCGUAACCCCGACGUGGAGAAGGAAGUGCAAGAGCUCUUCGACCCUUUAAGGGAGAAGGGCAAGGUUAUUUUCGCAGGAUUCAAGGUUGGAGAGGACUUGGCGGCUGCGUAUGCCAGCGGUGAUGUUUUCCUUCAUUGUUCCAUCACGGAAACUUUCGGUCUUGUUGUUUUGGAAUCUAUGGCUAGUGGUGUUCCAGUCGUAGCCCGAGACGAAGGUGGCCCGUCUGAUAUCGUUCAGCAAGGGGACAACGGAUUUCUUGUUCCACCGAAUGACCUUGACGGGUUCGUGGCCAAGGCAAUGAAACUCGGACGGGAUCACAACCUCCGGGGGCAGAUGGGUCAUUCUGCUAGGGCUUACGCAUGCGAGGCGACUUGGGAGAAGAUUAACAACAAGGUAGCAUGGCGCAUGGCGGACACCAUCUUGGAGAGAAAGCGUGAACGAGGAAAUCUUUCAAGUCGCACACCCUCAAUUCUGAGAACAUCGACAGAGCCGCUCAUCCCAAUUUAUGGCUGGCUUAUGAUGAACGAUGCUAUACGUGAGACAGUCACACGAGGCAUCGUUGAUGCGCGACUGAUGGGCGGAUUGGGUGUCAUUCUCUCCUUCUGGAUAGUGACUGGAUGGUACAUGGCGUUCACAGAAUGUUUCCUCUGGGCCAAGGGGCGAUUGAGGGGUGCAGAAAGGAGGUUGUCAGUCUCGUAG